AUGUCGGGAGUUGACCGUCCCGGAGGUGCGGGAAACCCUCUGAACCCAACUUUCUUUGGGUAUAUCGCGAGCACCAUGGAUGCACUUAUACUAUUUGAAGGUUGUCUUAACGGCCAUCUCAGCCAUGUUCCCAGACGACCACACGAUAGGGAACGAUCGUCCCUCAUCGUUAGCGGCAAUGUUUUCAUCUACGAGGAAAAUUCUUCUGGGAUAAAACGUUGGACUGACGGUGUCCCUUGGAGUCCUAGUCGUAUUCUGGGCAAUUUCCUCUUGUAUCGCGAGCUGGACAAGCCCUUUCAGCCCGGUGAGAAGAAACGAGCAAUGAAACGGCAGAGGAAUGACGCAGGGGUCACAAAGACUACGAACCACGCCAGAGCCAACUCGGUGGGUAGUUUUGCCAGUGCUAUAAUGGAUAGCGGACAUUCGCUUCCAAACCUUGAGAGCACAGCAAACACACGUAAUGAAGCCGAACGUGCCCUCGUCGGCUCACUCGUCGAUUCGUAUCAGUUCAAGCAAGAUGGACUUAUCAAAAAGACCAUCAGUGUCACCUAUCAAGGUAUACAGCAUCACCUCGUCUCGUAUUACAGUAUAGAAGACGUUAUUCAACAUAAACUUUGCACUCCAAGUCAGGAUGAAAGGCUACGAGGCAUCACUCCCCGCGCGCCCCUGAUAUCAUCGGGCAGCUUCCGAGCUCCCGUUGAUGAUCACGAAAUACUGCUAGCCGAACCUCAUUUUCGAGGGGUUAUGAACUCUUCGUAUAAUGCCUACGCUAUGAAUGGAGCAGUAUCAAGAUCAUAUUCAAUGCCCAGCAUGAAUACCUGUGAUCAAAUGUCUUGGGCAGGUUCUACCCAAUAUGCUGCACCCUACGGUAUGGGACAAACAUUGCCACCGCCAGUGCCAUAUCCUACGGCGUCGUCCAUGAGCUACGACCAGAGUCCUGCGAUGUCGUACGGUAUGAUUCCACGAACUUCCUUGACUUACUCACAGCCGGCACGAGUGCCACCUCGAAGGCACUCGACCAUGAAUGGAACAAGCGGGGUAGGAAAUAUUGGAACAAACGGGGUAGGGAAUAUUGACUACUCGGGACUCCCGCAGCUUGAUAGAGCACUAAUGAGUACAACCCAGCUCCUCGGUGGUGGCGCCAGUCUCGGAGGUCAGAAUCUUUCCAGCCAAUCGCCAUAUACAAAUACAGCUAGUAUAUUCGACACGCCUGCUAACACUACUGCUACCUCCGCGGUUGUGUCUACACCUUCUAACCACCACCGAGACGUAUAUAACCAUAACGGAGCAAAUCACAGCAGCGCAAACCAAAAUAACGAUUUAUACAGUACUAGCAUCGCCAUGCAUAGUUCCUCCGGAAUUGAAGGCCAUAUGGAAAAUGGAUUCAAUGCCAGAACCACGCGUCAUACCCCUCACGAGUUCAACGUCUCUUUACCGGAGCACCACGGACAUAAUGUGGUUAACGCUGGUCAAGACGAUACAUCGUCGACUAUGCAGCUCGGACUUGACAAUGUUGAUUCUGCGGCAAAUCCGAUGCCAGAUGUCGACUGGACUGAUGGCUUCAUGCAGAAUGGAAGCUAUCCACAGGACUCGCACGGCUCUGAACAGACUUCCUGCUUGCAAUCGACCCCGCGACAAAUGAGCAGGCAACAAACCGGAGACCAGAAAAUUGAGAACCAAAUUCGUUAAGGAGAGCAUCACCUGCAUUUCUGGCUUGCUUC